ACGACAUCAGCGCCGUAGAUUAAACAUCGCCGCUUCAAUAUACGCUUGGAAUGAGGCCGCAUUGAGGCCCAUUAUUCGCAAACACUCGCCUCGAGGCACUCUUGAAGGCACUCUUGAAGGCACUUUGACGGGGAUGGGUGACAAGCGCCGCUAUAAAGGCGAGAGCAAUCUCCAUUCAUGCCCAUGCCAAUCCGGAAGAAGCAAGUGCCACUUACAAACAAACAAACAAACAAGCGCCUGCCACAUCAAACGAGGACGUGCGCAACUUUAGCUCACCCACUCUCGUAACACAAGUGCUGUCCAUUUGAGACGGACCCCACUCUGACUUCACCAUGUCCGCAACCUUCACCAGAACCCUUUCAUUCUGCCACGACGACACCCCACCCCACAGAAUGUCGGAAAAGAAGAGCUUCCUGAAGAGCCUCAGCGGUCGCUUCUCCAUGAAGAAAUCCUCCAACCCAUUCGCUGCCAGCCGGGGUCAGCAGGCCGGAGUCCCAGACGCGCCGCCUCCGGCAUACUCGGCCCAACCCCAACCUCUAGCCCAGGCCCCCGCCACCGCUCCCCCCGCCGCCGAUCCGGGCGCCGGCCCCUUCCUCACGCCCUACCGCCAACAGACGGCCGGGUCCGGCUUCGAGCUGAGCAGCGACGACCUGUCGUCCAGCAGCGACCCCUACGCCUUCCUGUCCCGCUUCGACACCGUCUUCCUCAUCGACGACUCCAGCUCCAUGACGACGGGCUCGCGCUGGGAGGAGGUCAAGACGGUGCUGUACCAGAUCGUGCCCGUGUGCGCGCAGCACGACGAGGACGGCAUCGACAUACUCUUCCUCAAUAACCCGGCCCAGUUCAACGGCGUCAAGAACGCGUCCGCCGUCGCCCAGGUCUUCGACACGGUCUACCCCUCGGGCAUGACGCCCACGGGCAAGCGCAUUGGCGAGAUCCUGGGCCCCUACAUCGACGAAUACGCCGUCAAGGCCGCGAGAAAGGGCGCCAAGAAGACGGGCAUGAAGCCGGUGAACCUCAUAGUCAUCACGGACGGCGCGCCCACGGACCGCGCCGGCUUCAAGGUCCACGAGGUCCUGCACAGCGCCGCCCGCCAGCUCGACCAGGCCGGCGCCCCGCUCUACCAGGUCGGCGUGCAGUUCUUCCAGGUCGGCGACGACGCCGUCGCCCGCCGCGCCCUCGAGGACCUCGAUGAUGACCUCGGCGGCCUCGUCGCCGGCGGCCAGCUGCGCGACAUUGUCGACACGUGCACCUUUGACGCCACCGACGGCAACGUGUCGGUGCUGACGUCCGAGGCCGUGCUCAAGACGGUGCUCGGCGCCGUGGUCAAGCGCUUCGACGACCAGGUGCUUUAUGAUGGCAGGUAGUCUGAGGGACAUUGCAUCACUUGCCGCCCCAAUACGCUUCUUCUUGUUUGCCGUUGCUAGAUUAUGACUUUAAUCCCGCUCCUAAACCUCUACAUGUACUGCGGCUUGGGGGGCGUUUCUGCUUUAUGGUAUCUGCAUUAAGGGUGGCCAAAGGCGGACUAUACCCAGGAGGAAAGAUUGGCAUGGCGUUCCGGAGGCACACCGAAAACCGGGAAUAUCCAUGGGUCAGGCUCAACCUCGAUAGAAUGCCCAACAAAUAAACCUAAGUUUCAUUUUCUUAUACGAAACCAUUCAUUUCGCAGAUUAUAUCAUUUGUGAAUUUGUGAAUAGCGAUGUUUGGUUUAUAG